AUGGUAAAUUCCGGCUUGGGUGGUCGCUCAGACCCAAAGAAAUAUCGUCCCCUCACGCUUUUGAAUAAUGAUGCAAAGUUUGGGCCUAAAGCUCUGGCUUACAGACUCAAACAAGUUUUACCUAAGCUUGUCGGCGACGACCAAUUUGGGUUUGUACCCGGUCGUGACAUUCGCCAUGCAAUAAGGUAUCUUUUGGAUCUCUAA